AUGAGGAGGGAGGCCUUUCCGGGCACUGAGAGCAGCCCCCAAGAAGCUGGGCAGGGGACCCAUGGGGCCGGCGUGUAUGCUGACCCUGUCCUGCCCCCACCUGUACGCUGGCUGCAGGAGGCGGCCAUUGCCUGUGCCCAGAUCCCCGUCCUCCUGGCUGCAAUCCCAGUCAGCCUCGGUGGCCUGGGUCAGACGGACAAGGACUUCUCUUCCUAGAUGAAGAAAAUGGCCCAGGUGCUAGGCAUGUCCCUGUCAGACAAGGACACAGAGCUGCUGCCCGUGGACAUGAGGCACCAGGGGUCCUUCAACUAUGUCAAGUUCUUUGAGCACAUGCGGAGAUUCCAGGCCUCUGCGCAGCUGGAGAGCGUCAUCCACGAGACCUACCAGACCCUGGACAAGGACAGGAGAGGCUUCGUCGAGUGGAAUGAGAAAAAGUACAACCUGUCCGCCUUCCCCAGCAGCGGGCCAGCCGCCCCACUGACUGAGGAAGUGGCCCAGGCCCUGAUCCAGGUGGCCAACACAGAUGGGGACGGGAGGAUUGACUACAAAGAAUUUUCUGAAUUGAUCGAAAAGGAGAAAAUUCGAAAGAAGUAG